AUGUUCAAGUUGGAGAAUCAGUUGCCACUCCGGAUUUUAGAAGAUAUCAGGCUGCAACUGGGGAGGGACGGGGAAGCUAGCUCGUUUGAGUCUGCAUUCAAAAACUUAUCUCCUGUUGAGGUAAGGGGGGAAGUUGGCAGACCGACCUACAAGAACAGAAUUGAUAUCCUCCAGAUGCUUGGUGAAUAUAUGGUCGACAAUACAGAAGAACCAUCUACUUCUUCUACAGACCAUACAGAGGAAAAUCAUCAAGGUGAAGCUGACGAUAAAGCACUCCUGGGUGCAUUGCGAGAUGGUCAGAGAAACAAAAAGAAGCUAUUCAAAUAUAUAAUUAAUAUGCUAAAGUUCGUAUUUUCCGUAAUUUUUGUUCUUCUCAUUUCCCGAAUUGUAAUCAUUUGGUUUGUAUGGUUACUCAUCUGGUUAAUGACGGAAUCCUAUCUAACAUACUUGCGGGGUAGAAGAGAGGAGGAUGGCCGUCACUUUCCAACUAUAGAAGAGUUGCAUAGGAUAGGAGUGAAAUUCAAGGCAUUGAAGGGCAAAGGAAUAAGCCACAUACAUUUCAAUGAGAGCAAGUCAGUACUACACCUGCCUAAGUUCACCGUAGACGACAGGUCGGAGGUGAUACUGAGAAACCUUUUGGUGAUGGAGACGCAAUGGGAGGAUAAAGAGAAAAUAAUAACGAGGUAUGCGGUGUUCAAGAAGGACCUUAUUAACACCAGUGAGGAGGUGGCUCGGUUGAAGCGACGAGGCAUCAUCGCCAAUAAGCUUGGAACCGACGAAGAUGUGACUCGGCUCUGGAAAACUGUCACUGAUCCGGCAACCGACAUACCAUGUUAUGAAAAGAUUGACACGGUUUCAGAAUCUAUAAAUUCUUACCGAAGAAAAUGGUGGAGGGUUCUGUGGGCUAAAUUUUGGAGCGCCCACUGUUCUAAGCCAUGGUUAGUCGCUUCUCUUCUCGGAGGAAUCUCCCUUCUGUCACUUACGGUAGUACAGGUCGUUUGCUUAUUUAACAACUGUUCAAAUUCGGGCGAGUAG